GCAGCCGUCAUACCAAAACCUCUACGUGCGUGGUAUAUCGAAAGACUCCAUGAUGGUCACCAAGGGCGCGUGAAAAUGGAAUUACGGGCUAAAAAUGCCGUGUAUUGGCCUGGGAUGCGUAGCGACAUCGAGGAGAGAGUUGCCGCCUGUCAGCCAUGCCAGUUCACUCGCCCAGCUAAUGAUUGCACCCAGCUGACGCCUGAUCAUCAACAUCCAGUGCCGCAAGGACCAUGGCAGGAAGUGAGUACGGACCUUUUCUACUACAACAAUGAUAAUUAUAUCCUGGUUGUUGACCAUUACUCCUCUUAUGUGUUUGUCUACAAGCUGCAGGGAACGACUAGCCGUGACAUCAUCGAGGUACUGAUGAACUUGUUUGCGGAGCACGGGUCGCCAACAACCCUUUACUCUGACAACGGACCACAGUUUGACAGCCGUGAAUUUGCCAACUUUGCGGCAAGCUUCGAUUUCCAGCACACUACAAGUUCUCCGCUACAUUCCAGAAGCAACGGCAUCGCAGAACGACAGGUGCGCGUGGUGAAGGAUUUAUUAAAAAGGAGUGGUAGUAAUUCUGCUUUCUUUAUAGGGUUACGUGCACUUAGAAGCACGCCCUUGGACGCACGUCUGCCGUCACCUGCAGAGAUGCUGCUGGGGAAGAAGGUGGAUACCCUGCCUCGGCGUAUAAGCGCGGGGCAUCCGGACCACAGGGAGGAGCUCGAGCGACGGCGCGAACAACAGCGGCUGAAUUUCAACGCUCGGUUUCAACGUCCUACACCACCUCGGACCUUUGAAGUCGGUGAUCCUGUAUUAUUCCGUGACAAGCAAGCGAACAGUUGGCGUCCCGCUACAGUCAUCAAUAAACAUCAUACUCCCGCAUCCUAUAUUGUAAAAGAAGAGCCUGCUCGAGUGGUCAGCCCACCUGAGGUCGGUGGUCCAGAAGAUGGGUUCAAAGGAUCACUCGCAACACCAGCUCAAGUGAGAGAAGCGCCCCCCUUACGCCGCACCGCCCAGAUGAUUCGCCCGGACCCAGUCGUCAGGACUCGAUCGGGUCGUGUGAGCCGCCCUCCACAACGUCUUGUAUAUGAAUGAUGUUAUAAAGUAUUUUCCAUUGGCUUCUAUUAAAUGUAUUGGAUGACAUACUUUAAAUAUAUCAUUAGCUGUUUAAAAUGUACAAGUAACUCUAAAGUGAUGAGAAGGGGGAUGUAAUGGUUCAUGGUUCAAAGCUUAUAGCUCACUGUUAAAGUGAGUAUAUAGUUCAGGCUUCAGUUCAGGGUUCAAUGUUUUGUUCCGUAUUUAACCUCUUGCACAAGCUCAAUAAACAGCUCAGUCUCCUCGAGCACGCACUAAGAGUCUGUCUGGUGUUUGUCUUGACUCCCCCUCACACUACCCGGC